AUCAACCAAAACAACCCCAGCGAAUCCUUUAGAAAUUUUCCAACGCGACACCGGUGACACAAACACGCUGGCACUGGUGAACGAAGUUUUAAGUGGCUUUGCCUUAGCGAUGCCAUUUAUUGAUGACGCUCUACUCUGGUGUCCGGAUAACGAUGGUCGCAUUGUGGGUGGUCUAGACAUAUCAGCAUGCAUGCAGGAUGGAGUACCCCAGUCCAAUGAGAAUGUCAGCGAAAACACACAGUUAGCCGAGAGUACCACAGACAUAAAUGCCUUAGAACCUUCGUUGUGCAACAAUGACUCUUCCGAUGAACUGUUCCGCCAACUGUCCGAAAGUAAUUUUGAAAUUGAGAGUUUACUCUCCGAUUUAGCCACAGUUGAAGUGAAAGAAGAGAAUAACAACAUCAGCGAUGUUACCAGUGAAGGAUGCGUGGCAGAUGAAACAUUUGCUGCACUGGUCAAUGGCACGACCGGUGUGCCCGGCACUGGUGGCAAUAUCGUUGGCACAAGCACGUGUAAUGGUGGUCGCGUUUCAUCAACGACAUCACAUUUAAUUGCCGGCAAUGGUAUUCAGCUACCGGGUGAAAAUUCUGCUCUGGGUUCUGUGGGUACAAAUUCGUUAACGCUAGAACCCACUGCAGCAUCUUCUACACAGGAGCAGGCAAAUAGUUCAUCAUUUUUAACACGUAUCAGCAAUAGUAAUAGCAAUAAUAAUAACAACAACAACCCCCUCAAUAAUAGCAAUCACAACAACAACAAUCAUAAUUGCACGAAUGGCACCAAUAAUAGCAACAUCAACAAUAACAGCAGCAACAACACGAUUAGCUCAGAGAAUUCAUCGAUAUUCGAUGAUAGUUCGACGCGUUUUCUAAUCGCCUCAAAUCCAUUGUUGGCCGAAAAGUUAAUGGCAAAAAGUUUAAUACUCAAAACGGAAGCAACGACGACAGAUUAUAAAGUCAACAACACCAACGACGAUGGCGGCCAUGAUGAGGACGAUGGCGGACGAGCAAAGAGUAAUAAUAAAACUAGACAAACGACCAACAAUUUUGAUGGAAUGAAAUACCAACAACAACAACAGCAGCAACAAAACAUUAGCAGUAGUAAAAACACAAAAUAUUAG